UAUCUGCUCCCCCUUCCCCCACAUCCUGGCCCUUUAAAAGGCCCUCUCAGGUGUGGGGGCCCUGUCACAGGCCAGGAGGAAAGUGUGGGAGACACAGGAUGGAUCAGGAAGAAGAAAAGAGUGAGGGGGUCUCAGACCUUCUGGACAAGGCAGGUUCACCGGACCAAGAAGGCUUCUUCAAUCUACUGAGCCACGUGCAGGGCGAUCGGAUGGAGGAGCAGCGCUGUUCCUUGCAGGCUGGUCCAGACCAGGCCCCAGAAAGCCAGGGUGGCCCUGCUCCUGAGAUGGACAAUCUCAUGGAUAUGCUGGCCGACACCCAGGGCCGCCGCAUGGAUGACCAGCGUGUAACCAUCAAUUCCCUGCCUGGCUUCCAACCUAUUGGUCCCAAGGAUGGAAUGCAGAAACGACCUGGGACCCUCAGCCCUCAACCCCUGCUCACCCCUCAGGACCCUGCUGCACUCAGCUUCCGCAGGAACAGCAGCCCCCAACCCCAGACACAAGCUCCUUGAAAGUUCUAGCCAUCCUGGGCCCCCCACCGGCCCCUGAAAACAACAAUAAAAUGCUUGGCACUAGAACAAAGGACUGAGUGUGUGUCAUUUCUGGGUGGAGGGCUUGAAGGUCUCAGGAGCUCUGCUGAGCAGCUUGAAGGAGUCUCUCUUCCCUCUGCUUCCGGAU